GGAUUCUGAAGGUCACCAGUGCACUUCCACAGAGAGACCAUGACGCUGGUUCCAGUGGGUGCCAGGUACACGAGGCCCUUGAUGUGGGUUUUUGUGUUUCUCCUGGUGUUUUCCACGAUAACAAUGUUGUACAUCACCUUUCCUUCCAACGCUGUGCUCGAGAAGGUGAACCUGAUGUAUUUCUACGAGUAUGAACCCAUUUACAAGCAGAACUACCCGUUCACGCUGCGGGAGCGCUGGAAGUGCCGGGACAUCCACCCCUUCCUGGUCCUCCUGGUGUCUUCCAGCCCGAAGGAGGUGAAGGCCAGGCAGGCCAUCAGGAUAACGUGGGGCUCUCGGAGCUCCUGGUGGGGCCACAGAGUGCUGACCCUGUUCUUGCUGGGGCAGGACACCCAGAGGGGGGACAACGUGGCAGAGCUGUCGGUGGAGGACGAGAGCAUCCUCUAUGGAGACAUCAUCCAGCAGGAUUUCAUGGACACCUACGACAACCUCACCCUGAAGACCAUCAUGGGGUUCCAAUGGGUCUCCGAGUUCUGCCCCAGCACCAGGUUCCUCAUGAAGACCGACAGUGAUGUCUUCAUCAACACCCCCAACCUGGUGAAGUUCCUGCUGCAGCGGAAUUCCUCGGAGAACCUUUUCACCGGUUACCCCCUCAUCAACAACUUUGCCUACAGGGGCUUUGACAAAACCAGAUCCAUCUCCUACCAGGAAUAUCCCUUCAGGCUGUACCCUCCGUACUGUGGUGGGAUGGGCUAUGUCCUGGAUGGAAAGCUGGCCCUGAGGAUUUAUGACCUGAUGAGCCACGUCAGACCCCUGAAAUUUGAGGAUGUUUACGUUGGAAUUUGCUUAAAUAUUCUUCAAGUCAACGUCAGUGUUCCAGAAGAUGCAGAACAGUUCUUCCUGUAUAAAGUUAAUUUUGAUGUCUGUAAGUACAGGCAUCUGAUUGCAGUUCAUGGCCUUGCACCGGGUGAACUCAUCCAGUUUUGGCAGGAUUUGUCAUCCAGCAAUUCCGUGACUUGCCUUUGAUUCUGGAUUAACACAAAAAACUUAAAAACCUUUUUGGUGUAAAAAAAAAAACAUUUAAAGGGCAAGGAAAUGCAAACCAAAAGCAGUUCUAGAGAUGCCUUUGGAAACACCGCAGUGGCAGCAUUUCCCUGGAACAUCCCAGUAGUCUUAAAUAAAAAUACCAGGAAUUCACAAAGCACUUUUCCAUGUGGGUAUCCCACACACUCAGGGUCCUUUGGAAUGCUCAGGGUACUUUGGAAUGCUCUGUCCCAUCUGCCUCUGACACUUCCCCACGUGGUCAGCUACAGGGAUUUCUGCCUGAAUCUUCUGGAAUGGCUGAAAAGUCACCAAGGAAUAAUGUUUAUGCCAAGAAACCAGCUUUGAGGAUGCUUCCCAAAUUCCUGCCUGGAUUGUUUUUAUGGUUUUAUGGCCACUCUCCAUUAUUUGUUCUCUGCCCAGCAUGAAGCAAAACAACCUUCUUUCUGUGUCUCACCUCUGUGACCCUUCUGAGAGUGUCACACCUGGGUAUUUAAAUGUAUCACCUCUGUCAGGCUUCCCAGAACAUUCCAAGCCCGUGGGAUCUGCAGGAGCUGAUGGGAAAUCCUGGGAAAGGGGGGCACUUUUUGUGUGUGUCUCUAUAGACAUAAAAUAGAAUGGCUUUGGUGUCUUUGACAGUGUUCCCAGACUCCUGGAUGAGUUCACUGGUUAUGAGACAUCCCAAAACCACUGGGAUAAUCAACCCCCAUAUAUAAACAUCUCUCUGUGUGUACUGAUGCAUCCCAAGAGCUUUGGAAGCCACAGGGAAGAUGAAAGCAGGAUAAUUUCUCCUGUGAUUUAUGUCUGCUUCUCAAUUAAUUUCCUUCCCCCACAUUUGAAAACGCGAAAAAGGAAGAAACUCCAAUAUUUAUAUUUAUAUUUAAAGAAGACAAACUCUGCCCUGUGUGUAAAGACCGGUUUUUAAUCACUUUAUUCAUAUCAGCAAGGCCCAGUUUUCAGUAGUUUACACUUCUAAGAGACAACAAUACAGAAUUUUGCAAUUGCAUGAACAUAAUUAAUCUGGACACAUCCACUACACGGGGAGGAGACUACGGUGACAUCCUGUCCAUGGAGCAGCUCCCGUUCCCAGGGAUUUUCCCUGGCAGAAUUCCACAGUGUCUCCUAGAGACAAACCACAAGAGGUGCAGAAACCUCCAGGACCACGGGGAGGGGGGGAGGUUUCAGCAGUGCCUUCAUUCCCUUGUGGUCAGGAUUGAGUUUGGCUCUUUCCAACAGCUGCACGUGGGGUUCGGGUGGGAGCGGAGGACGGGUUAUUUUUUUAGGUAUAAAAGUGAGGUUUUGGGGACAACACUCUCUAGACAAGAUGUCAGUGUUCUAAGGAUGGAUGGUAAGCUCAAAGUUUUUAAAAAAUAAGAGUUUUUUUUUUUGUUAAAUAGCUGAAGAUACAGAAUUGGGUAACUGAGGGAAGGAUGCUCUUUGUAUUUCCAGAAACAGGUACAACUACAGCUGUGCCACGGGUUUAGGAUCUGGGGUUUGAUUGUUCUCUGGGCUGAUCCUGAGAGCUCUGUGAGAAAUAUUUGCCUUGUUCUAUGAUUGUUCUUACAUCUCAGAACCCAAACCCCUCUGUUUUUUAGAAGCCUGCCACGUUACGUGGUCAGAAAUAAAUUAUUUGCCACAAGAA